AUUUUUUUUUUUCUCAGGGGUGGUGGCCGCCGCUGUUUUGCUUCACAUAGCUUUCCAGAUCUGCCCACGAAAGCAUGGGAAUGUUGCGAGGGAUUUUCUGACGAAAAACUUGCGUGAAAGUGCUCGAUAAGUUACUUUAAGUUCCCCCACGAGCCGUUCCACGUCACAGGAGUUCGGCUGCUCUACCAACGACCGUUAGAGAAACGCCAGUUGGGACGUUUCACCAGCGAGCAGUUCCGGACAAAGGAAAAGAGACUUGUGAGCUAACGUUAGCUCCCGGGCUAACUUAGCAUUCCUCUAGCUGCGGCGCAAUGCAGGCCAUAAAGUGUGUCGUUGUUGGAGACGGAGCUGUGGGUAAGACCUGCCUGCUCAUCAGCUACACCACCAAUGCCUUUCCUGGAGAGUACAUCCCCACAGUGUUCGACAACUAUUCCGCCAAUGUCAUGGUGGACGGGAAGCCGGUGAACCUGGGUCUGUGGGAUACAGCAGGACAAGAAGAUUAUGACAGACUCCGCCCACUUUCCUACCCGCAAACGGAUGUGUUUCUCAUCUGCUUCUCGCUUGUGAGUCCGGCCUCAUUUGAAAACGUCCGUGCCAAGUGGUACCCUGAGGUGAGACACCAUUGUCCCAACACUCCCAUCAUCCUGGUGGGUACCAAGCUGGAUCUGAGAGAUGACAAGGACACCACAGAGAAGCUGAAGGAGAAGAAGCUCUCUCCCAUUACAUAUCCCCAAGGACUGGCGAUGGCCAAAGAGAUCGGUUCCGUCAAGUACCUGGAGUGCUCAGCCUUGACUCAGCGUGGCCUUAAAACUGUGUUCGACGAGGCCAUCCGGGCCGUCCUCUGCCCUCCACCCGUCAAGAAGAAGGGGAAGAAGUGCUCUCUCCUCUAAGACUUCCUCCACCGGAACGAUGACGGGGGGGGGGGGGGGGGGGGGGGGACAUGGCCGCUCGUGGUGAGGGGUGGCUAAAGGCGCAGGAGAAACACACCAGUAUACACACAGAAACAUUGUACUUCAGAUUCUUUCCUUCCAUACGUGUAGCUACAGCAGUAGGGUCAGAUUUAGGAGAAGGGGUUUGGAAGACGAUAGACCCGAGCUCUUUCCCAACAACACAUACUGUAUAGACAACACUAUGAAAUUCUUGAGGCCUUCUAAAGUGGAUUGGAUGUUUUUUGUAAAAAAAAAAAAAAAAAAAAACUGGACCGUGGAAUGUUUUAAAUUUGCUCUUCCACUGGUUGUCCACUUUUUUUUUUUUUUUUUUUUUUUUUUUUGUUUGUUUGUUUGUUUGUUUGUUUACAGUCUUGGUUGUUUGUUUUGAGUGGAAGAAAAUAUUGCCAAAUACAUCCUGCAGACGUGCUGUAUUUUAACAGGAAAGCAAAUCUUUGUUCUGUUGUCUCAAACCUUUUUAAAACCUUCAAAUAACAGCUGGCAGUUUGCUGUUGUGUGCUGCCGUUUGCCCGGCUCCGUAAUCAAUGGCAUUUUAUUCACUUUCACUGUGUCAUCGCUCCGUUGACAAGGAACCUGAAUCUAAUCAUCUGUGAAGUUCUUUUUGCUUCAAAUUGUUUGUGCACCACGAAUCUCUUCACCGGUUAGUUUUCAGCACACGAUUGACGGUGACUCAUCGUCAUGGGUUGAAUUGACGCCUAAAGACGUACUGAGAAAUUCAACCGAUCUUCCGACACCAACCGUGCUAUUAAACCCCGACAAAUCUAAAUGAUCCAGUAUUUUUCAUGUGUUUGGCUCCAAUCGGACCGGUCAAGGUAUUUUUUUUUAUUAUUUUUUUCUUCCCACAAUCCUCUUUUGCAAUAUUUCCCUAGAAGUGUGUCUCAACUGUGUAGCUGCCCAGAAGUGCAACGCUGAAAACUUUAUUAGAUAUUUUGGAUUAGAACUGUUUUGGUGGCGGGGAACAAGAGCACCGUUAAUGCUCUGUGGGCAUUUAUCAGAAACCUUUUGUGCAGCACAUUUGAUUCUUACUCGCAUCACUACUGGCUAAGCAAUGUCACUAAGAAGAGCAUUUAUGCCCGCUAACAACGGUAACAUGGCUGCUGUCGGUGAUGGUGUAGUAUACAGCGUACUUAUCUUUUUGUUAUAAUCAUGUGAUUUGACUGUUUUGUAUCUUUCUUCACAGAAGUUACACUUCACUCACUGUAUUGUUUAACUAACACUAUGAAUAUCCUUUUUGUUUAUUACCUCUACAGUUAACGCUACCUUAAUCUCCCUACAAGCCUAGCUUUUUUGUAAUUAAUGCUGACAGCAUGUAUGUGCAACAUAUACUGAAAACUUAAGAUUAGACUAUUUACAAACUGUAUUUGAACUACUAGAUCGGGGGUUAAGUACAUGUUGCUCAUCUGUAUUGUAUUCAGACAUCAAGCUGUGCUUUAAUUCAAGCCAAUGUUGUGACUCUUUAGUCUUACGGAUAAAAGCUAUUGUCACUUUUUGAAAAAGCCAAUAAAUUCAAGUAAAACCGA